AUGACGACAUCUUUUCCUCUCCUCAACCUCCCUCCCGAAGCGGUUCUCCAUGUGCUCAAAUCAAUGGAUUUUGGAGAAUUUAUCACUCUCUCAUUACUUUCCGAAAGAGCAAAGAGAUCCGUGGGAUCGAUGAAUUGGAAGUAUGUAUUUUCAAUAGUUCACAUAAGCAGUGAGAUUCGUUUACAUAUUGUACUUGAUACAAUACGCUUGGAUUGGACGUUCAAACUUUGUAAUGGACGAGCAAGUGGUCACUCGCUAUUGCCGAAAAAAGUGGGAUUGAGAAUUUUCAGAAAUCCGCCAGUAAAUGUGAAAAGGAGUAUGAAAGGAGGACUCAGCAUCAAGGAAUGGAUCACUCAUCUAAAAGAAGUUUUCCAUUUUUCCAAAUUUUACUGUCUUAAGUUCGAUGAGAAUACAUCUCGUUUUGAUAUGAAAGCGCUGCGGACCUUGUUCUGUACCUACGACAAAGUCGAUAUCCUUAGUGAUAAUCGAUCAAAUGUGAAAUCAAUUUUGAAACAUUUUCCGACAAGACGACUGUUAUUUGCUGAUGAUGUUUUUAAGAACCUUGAAAAUCCUCAUCAAGUGUUAAUUCAAAAUUAUGAUGAUCUUGAGAUCCGUCAGGUUACUCGGCCAAGUACAUUGACGUUGGAUGAUUUACUAGUUAUAAAUAGUAAAACAAUAGAUAUCAGUAACAUCGGCUGGAGGGAGAAAGAGCUCAACAGAUUUCUCAAACAUUGGAUAAAAGGGUCUAAUCCCCGCAUGGAAAGGCUUCGAAUUCAUUUUUUCUCACCAGAAGCUCUCAACAAAUCCGACAUUUUCAAAGGAAUCAAGUGCACCGAAUUCCCUGCUGAGCAUACGAGAUGGUUUAAAUCAGACAUAGAAUUAACAUGUACCGUGAAAGGAGGCUAUGACUUCAAUAGAUGUGAUGGGACCAAAGCUACGAUUGAAUUCAAGUCUUUUGAUAAUCUUCAAUAUUUGAACAUGAAUGUACAUUAUUUGGGAGAAGUGGAUGAGAUCGAGAGAAGAAUAUGUUUAAUGUUGUUGUAA